AUGUACAUCUCCCUCAAGUCCAGCCUCGUUCUCCUGGCCACCGCCGUCCUGGUGACGCUCCCCAACCAGGCCAGGGCAGGCGAUCCGACCCUCUACCGCUACAUUUCACGCAAGCAGAACAUCUUUGGAGAUUGCGUCGUCUUCCACCCGUUCAACGUGCCCAACCCGCUCUUCAACUGUCGCCCCGAGUCCUCCCUUCAGGGCGUCACCAUCCACUCCGGAGAGCUGGCCUGCGACGACACCACGACCACGUUUCAGGAUUUCUGCAAAGGCUGCAAGGCCGCCGGCAGCGUUUGCACCCAGCAGGUCACCUAG